AUGCCUGCUUGCAGCUUCCAUAGUGUAGUGUCUACGGCCGUGGUGGAGCCAUACAACGCCAUCCUGACCACCCACACCACACUGGAGCACUCGGACUGUUCCUUCAUGGUGGACAACGAGGCCAUCUACAACAUCUGCCGCAGGAACCUGGACAUCAAGCACCCGUGUUACAUCAACCUGAACCAGCUGAUCAGUCGGAUUGUGUCCUCGGUCACCGCCUCCCUUCUUUUCGAUGGUGACCUCAACGUCAACCAGACAGAGUUCCAGACCAACUCAGCCAAUCAGCUGGUGAAAUGUGACCCUCGCCACAGCAAAAACAUGGCCUGCUGUCUCCUGUUCCGCGGCGACGUGGUGCCCAAAGACGUGAACGCCGCCAUCGCCACCAUCAAGACCAAGCACUCCAUCCAGUUUGAGGACUGGUGCCCCACUGGUUUCAAGGUGGGUAUCAACUCCCAGCAGCCCACCGUGGUUCCCAGCGGAGACCUGACCAAGGUGCAGCGUGCUGCGUGCAUGCUGAGCAACACCACCGCCAUCGCCAAGGCCUGGGCUGGCCUCAACCACAAGUUCGAUCUAAUGUACGCCAAGCGGGCCUUCGUCCACUGGUACGUGGGUGAGGGGAUGGAGGAUGGCGAGUUCUUGGAGGCCAGAGAAGACAUGGCGGCGCUGGAGAAGGAUUACGAAGUGGUUGGAGCCGAUAGUGUGGGGGAGGAUGACGGCGAGGAAUAUUAA